AUCUCAUUGGCAGCUAGGUGAGGGGAAAAACUAGGUAUACAAAGGCUCGGCUCGCCGAGUCUACCACGGUGGGCGAUAGUGGCAACCAAUACUUGGACUUUGCGGAAUAUGAUGCUAUGGCGGAACACAAUUUGGAGAUGGGGACGUUUGUUCGUUUCUCAGAUACGGAUUUUCGACUCCUAGUAACAGCAAUGUGGACCCACUACUCAAUCGACUCCGUUCAAGGUGAAGUAGGGGCUUCUCUACCCUACUACUUCAGAUACGCCAAUAGCGAAGUGACCCGUGUGGUCGUCCAGUCCUCAAUACACGAUACGGCUGUUCCAAAGACGAUAUCGGACCUCACUGAGAUUAUACAAUUGCUCAAAUCGAAGGUUGCAACUCCUAAAAUGGAUCUCGCAUAUGACGAGACUUCAAGGUUGCCACCUGAUCAAGCAUUGCUGGACCUUGUAGUGAGGCUAAUGUUCGCAACGGCUUGCGUUACUCCGGGGACGAUUGGGGGGCCAAUAUUCAAGCCAGCAUGGAAAGCUUCGGAGACGAUAACCCAGUAUAUCGACCGUGUCUAUCCGCUAUCGUCUGAUAUCCCCCAUGAUAUAAGACCUAUCAGAAUGGAUAAGCUGCGGAUGAGUUAUCUAGAAGCAUAUGCGAACGUCCAUAUUCAAUGGACGGACCAUCUAAGUGACCAUCUAGUUUUGCUCAAGGGUAUUGCCCAGAAAACAUUGUAUAUUUACGCCCACCCGUGGUUCUUGCGCGCUUCUCUUCGGAAUCUGGGGGCGAUUGAUUUUAGUCUCGCUUGCUCUACUGCGGACUCUACCAUGGUGGGAUGCCUUCCGCCGCGACUGAUAAGAGAGACUCUAAGAACGUUCGAUGUUUUAUUUCCUGCAGCAGGUGACCCGCAUUCUUUGUCUAUCCUGAUAAGGGAGGUGGACGGGCACUCUCUUGAUCCGUAUCUUCUCAGGUCAAUUCAAGGGGAUUUGGAAGAACACGAACACCCGAGAGAUGCCUUAGAGCCCGAAGAUGCCCGGGCCUUGUACCAGAAAUAUCCAUACUGGGCUGAUAGGCUAUAUGAUCUAUGGAGAGAAGCAGAUGAUCCAAUGCCAGUGACUAAUCUUGAAAGGUGGUCGGAGAGUCGGAGAAAUCCACGAUUCACCUAUUGGUGCGCUGUGGUUUCAAUCGGAGUUGCCAUUGUAUUUGGGCUCGUGGCAAAUAUUUUGGGAGCGAUGCAACUAUGGAUAUCAUAUUGUGACUGGAAGAACAACUCGUCGUUGCCCGUAUGUGACUCUGGACAGUAGAAUUGAGACAAGAGCGAAUGAUAGUGAAAAGCGGCGCCAGUGCUGAUCGGCCCUCGUAUAAGGUAGGAUAUUUGGAAGGCAUAGAAUGCUGUGUUUUAGCGGUAUUUACCGAAAUAUAGCAUCCAUAAUUAACGCAAAUUACGGCAUUGUACACCCUCAAAUUACAGCGCAUCACUCCCGGUAAUCGUAAAGAACGAGUGCGGAGUAAUGCG